AUGCUCACCGUCCGCAGGCCCGCGCUUACGGUGGCUGGAGAUCGUCCCGCGAUCAACAAAUCCAGGUUAAUCAGAGGGCGCUGCUACCAAAAAGGCGUGAGACAGGGAGACGUGAUUUCUCCGAAACUGUUUACCAACGCAUUGGAGGACGUUUUCAAGCGCUUAAACUGGAGUGGACUGGGCAUAAAUAUCAAUGGCGAAUACAUCACACACCUCCGCUUCGCCGAUGAUGUCGUCAUCAUGGCGGAGUCGCUGGAGGAUCUAAACACCAUGCUCAGCGACCUCGAUUGGUCGAGCGUGUCAGAUAUUGAUAGUGUACAUGCUCCAUAUGUAUUUAAUAAUAAAACUCUUAAUCUGCCAGUUUGCAUGGUGGGGUUGAAUGUUCUGGAGAGUACAAACGAGAACCCUUCAAAAUCCCCCCACUCUUGCAAAUCAAACAGUUCGGCUACAGACUCACGGCGCGAUCUUAUUCCAUAUCGUGGCGGGCGCGGGAGAAAAUCGCGCCGUAAGUCUUUAGGGAACAGAGAGUAUAGUUUCCUAAGAUCGGAAAAGGAGGAUCCUCCGACCAGGCGAGGAGAACGGUGUGAAACUGAGCAAGGUGUCGGCAAAUGCGUCCAUGUGUUCAAAUGUCUGUCGUCUAUCGUCGAUCUGAAGGCUAAAAGUCAACCUAAGGGAGAAGUCACCGUUCCUUCUUCUCCGGCUUGCCUUUAUUGGCUGGCUGGAGUGAAAGAUGACAAGGAACAGGUCUCCCGCCUCUGGCUUGCCUUCAUUGGCCGUCCAGAGUGGAGUCGCGAGAGCAGUAAUCCUGCUCGGAGGGUAAGAAACUAUUCGAAUGCUAUCGUGGACACUGGAGGUGGGGUAUACUUUAAAAGCGGACGGAAGGCGAUAGAUAAAUGCCUCGAACACCUGUCCUAUUUGCCGUACCCCUGUCAGACAAGGGGAUUGGAAAAAAUUUGGGAUAAUAAAAAACAGUGCAAUUAUUACGAAGUCAAAUUCUACGCAGUUGUGCACGGCGGGGAAAACGCUGAGAGGUCGCGGUACCCACACAUGGCACUACUAGGAUACGGACAGGAGGUCGACUCAGCUCAGUGGCUGUGUGGUGGUUCCCUCAUCAGUGACAGAUUCAUACUGACUGCCGCCCACUGCAUCAUAGAAACUGCCAUAGGACCUGUGACGUUCGUGGCUAUGGGUAUCCUAAAGAGGUCAGAUCCCAUGAAGUUGUGGCAGAUAUAUAAAGUCAAGAGAAUCAUGCAACAUCCGGAGUACGCGCCACCUUCGAAAUACAAUGACAUCGCCUUGAUCGAGAUUGAUAGACCUGUAAAAUACAGUAAGGACGUGUUCCCAGCGUGCUUAGAUUACGAAGGCCAAGACCAGUUCAAUGCCCAGGCCACAGGCUGGGGCAAACUCGGCAAGCACCAACCAUUGGCUGAUAAUCUACAGACGGUAACACUACAGAAAUUCUCAAGUGAACAGUGUCUGAAGAACUACCCGCCUCAUCGGCUUCUGAAGCAGGGAUACAACUCAGAGACACAGCUCUGUUAUGGAGAUUUAAAGGAACCUAAGGAUACUUGCGAGCAUCAUAGGUGUGACGUCAUACGGGCGAGCGUGUGGGUAUGCAGGCGACGCCGGGAUGUACACAAGGGUGUAUCACUACGUGCCGUGGAUAGAGAGCGUCGUGUGGCCUGA